AAGCCAAUAGCGGAUGGAGGUGGAGAGAUUGCAGCGUUUACUUUUCGAUGAGCUUGUCAAAGUUGUCAUACAUUGGGGUAAAUGUGAAGGGGGAUGGCAGCCUCGUGCCAGAUCUCUCCAGUGAGGGAACUUCAUUUGUUUUCGUGGCGAUCCAGUCAUAACCGCGCGCUUUUUCGCAUUUGGAGAGCUUUCCGCGAACUUUGGAAACGCUAAAAUAAGCCAAGUUGCAAACUAUGGCUGAAGCGCACAGCAUACUUACUGAGGAUCCGUGCAGUCCACAGAGCAGCGGCGGCUCUACGCCCCGGCACGAACUGGACCGGGAGGUCGGGAACUCUCCCGUCGUAUCUGACGCGCUGGCGGUGGCGCGUCCGCUCGCUGGAGCGGAGAGCUCCCCGGGGGACGAGCGGUUCCCCGCCUGCAUCCGAGACGCGGUGUCGCAGGUGCUGAAAGGGUACGACUGGUCGCUGGUGCCCGUGCCGAGUCAGGGGGAGAGGAGUCUGAAGAACAAACCGCACGUGAAGAGGCCGAUGAACGCCUUCAUGGUGUGGGCGCAGGCGGCGCGGAGGAAACUGGCGGACCAGUACCCGCACCUCCACAACGCGGAGCUGAGCAAGACGCUGGGCAAACUCUGGAGACUUCUCUCUGAAACAGAAAGGCGGCCAUUUGUUGAGGAGGCUGAAAAGCUGAGACUGCAACACAAGAGAGACUAUCCAGACUACAAAUACCAACCUCGAAGACGCAAAAGUGCUAAACCAGGCCAAGGGGACCAAAGACCACAACACCAGCCCCAGCAGGGCUUUUAUAAGACGGAAGCUGGGUUGACCCGGCUAGGUGGUAAAGGAGAGGCACCCAAGAAUUACAAUCCAGACAGACCAGGUCAACCUCAUGGUCCUCCAACACCCCCGACAACCCCUAAAACUGAGCUGCAUGCUGGGAACAAGCAUGAUGCCCAUCGUCCUGUUGACAGUAGCACCGCUAUCCAUUCCAACCGAAACAUCGACUUCAGCAACGUGGACAUUUCAGAGCUUAGCACCGAGGUCAUCGGCACCAUGGAUGGCUUUGAUGUGCACGAGCUGGACCAGUACCUUCCCCCAAACAGCCACAUCACAAUUCUUCCAGCCCAGAUGGAACCCAGCAGCCUGAAUGGAUCAUACAUCCCCCAAAGUGCCCAAGCUCACUCCAACAGCUCAGUCAACUGUAUCCUCAAAACACCUGAAGGGACAUCGGCGGAGGUACCACAGGAAGACACUGGCCAAAAACCUCAGAUCAAAAUGGAGCAGAUGAGCCCGAGCCAUUGCAGCUCGUCACCUUCCUCUUCUACUUCACCUCCUCCGCCCUCGCACCAACCUCAGUACACCUCUCUUAGUUCCUCCACCUCUGUGUCUCCUCCUAACCCGCCGGACUACACUGACCUUCAGAACGCCAGCCUCUUUGGCGCGUUUUCAGGUUACCCUGCCGGCCUGUACCAGUAUCCGUACCUUCACUCAUCUCGCAGGUCUUAUGCCGCUCCGCUCAUCAACAGCCUGGCCUUGGCGCCGCCUCCACGCAGUCCUCCCUCUGUCUGGGAGCAGCCCGUCUACGCGUCUCUCUCCAGGCCUUGACAGGGACUGAAGUCUGCCUUCAGACUCAACCGCAGCUCACAGACAGUAAACAAAAUCUCAUCUGUUUUCCGUGAUGUGAAAAACAUCACAGGCCUUUGUUGUCAUGCAGAAAAAAUCUGAAGACUGACAAGAACUUAGAAAUAUGUUUGAAAUUGGAUGUCUUGAAAGGGUAAAUUAAUAAAAUUCUCCAAACUCAAAUUCAUUUGGCAUUCCAUACCUUUGUAGUUAGCUGAACCUUAAAAAAUCCUUACAAUCAAGACAUCUGCCACUACCCACUAUGCACCAGGGUUCGGCAUUGGCAAUGUGAUGAUGUCAUUCUAAUAAAUAAUAUCUGCCAAAUGGAAGUAGCUCAUAGUUAUAUAAAUUUAUCAAUAGUCAUAAUCUGUCAUAUUUGAUAAGAGUCAACUGGUUGAAAUGGAGUUUAAAAGUAAAAUACAUACAAAUAGGUGGUCCUAAGUACUGUACAAUGUACAAUGAAAAUAUCUCAGAAAAUGUUGCUAUGCCAUUGUUUAAGUACAUGGGUACCAAGCAUGAAGUCAGGACUGGUUCUUGCUAGACCAAGACCGCACUCUCCAAGACCAAGAGCAAGAGCAAGAGCAGGUCUUCUGAGACCAAGACUAAGACAUAACAAUCUAAGACUGAGCUCAAGGCCAGGAAAAAACAGGCUGAGACCGGGCUCGAGCCUUCUACCCCUGAUGGACACCAACUUUGUUUGUGGGUUAUAAAACUGAGACAGGAAGCAACGAAACAGCAUAGUGUGGGUACAAAAUGGGGAUAACAAAUGAAGAGUUUAACCCAGUCCAGGUAGCAGUAGUUUAGGACAGUUUCUUAAACGUACUUGAGCAAGUUGGGAACCUUUGAUGACAUGGCUCCCAAUAAUUCCUGCAUCUCUAAUAGUGAAACAUUCAGUACAAGUUGACCUCUCUGCAGGUAUUUUUUAAAUUUAUUAUAGGUAUAUUAAGUGUCCAGGUAAUCUACCAUGAAUGCUUUGGACUCUAGAAAGAAACCAAUGCAGAGGAACUCAACCUGCCAUUGUGAAAACAUUCAAACUCAAAGCAAGUUUGAAUCAACAAGCUGCCUGGCGACAGUCCAACAAGAGUCUCUGUGAGCCUGCUGUAAUCUCAUGGUAUAUAUAUUUUUUAAUCAAAUGAAUCUCUUAAUUGCUCUUGUCUUCUGUGCCUUGGUUAUUGCUUACAAGUUUUCCAGUUUGCACGAAAAAAAUCUGAGAAUUUAUUUUUUUGAAACUUGUACAAUUUGUGAGAUGAUUUAUCUAAUGUGGGACCUCAGCUGAAUAAAAUGGUUCUGAUUGAUUGUA